UGAAUCGAGUUCAUCCGUGCCAACGCGUCAUCCAGCGUCCCCGUAUCAAUUGGAAAUCGAGAGUAUUUUUUCCAUUAAUUUGUUCUACGCGUUAUCCAGCGCCCCCAUAUCUUUUGAACCGAGUACAUUCGUGUCAACGCGCCAUCCAGCGCCCCCUUAUCCUUCAAAUCGAUAACCAUUUUGAACGCUUUAUCCAGCGUCCCUGUAUUGAUUUAAAAUCGAUAACCAUAAAUUUUGAACGCUUCAUCCAGCGUCCCCGUACUAAUUGAAAUCGAUAACAUUUUUUCGAUUGACUGUUUUUUUUUGCGCUUAUCCAGCGGCCGCUCUCCGAACCACGUCAAAGUCGAUAGACUACCUCACACACUUACAUUUUCCGCCUCCUACGAGAGCUUCAUAUGCCAAUUGGUGACGGUGAGGAACCAAAAUCCCUUUUGACCGUUUGUAAGGCAAAAGAGUCUCACAGAGUCAGGGCAAAGAGUGAAUCUACUGUGCCUUCCAAAAGCGAAAAUCCCUCUCGCAGCAAAGGCCCAUUGACAACCGCAACUCCACUAGGAUCUACGAGCACGUCGCCUGAAGUUCCACGGUCUGCACCAUCCACAAAAGCCGCAAAGUCAGUCGUAUCUCCCCACUUCACUAGAGCAAGUGGCAGAAUGGCUCAAGCUGAGGGAGACAAGGCCUUGAGGAAAUUCACGACCAUAACCGAUAGGAUCCGUGUACAAUGGCUCCAACGACCCAUCGAAAUCCUCGUCGCUCAUCCGGGAGCAAUAUAUACAGAUGUCGAGUCUGCAGGAGAGUCCACGCUCUGAGGGUUUGCUAACGGUUUCUCCAACUGCCGGCUGUGAAGCGGCUCCGCGCGGUACUAAUUAACCAGUACUGCGCGAACAGUCUGGAAAGGAGGCUCAUCACACGCUGCUGCACCUCCACACUGGGCAGCCUCGCUCUUCGCGGCCCCGACAAAGGCGCAACCCACCCUCGGAUUCUCGGCCUCAGCGGCAGCCACAGCAGGCGCCUGUAUCCGGACCUCGGCGGCCCGCCACGCCAAUGGAUAUGUCUCCAUCCCGCAGCCGGUCGUGCACGCCUAUCCUGGCGUGCACGAGGGUUAGCAUCCUCUCCGGACGGUGUUCCCUUUCGUAGAUCGCAAGUAUUCCUCUUGCGAGGGGGGGAGAAUGUUCAUGCUGAACAAGGGGCAAUAUCGCCAGGGGAGCAUCACUGGGGAAAAUGUACCUGUCGCCAUAUUAGUUGUGCCUCUCUUUUACCACUCUGAAAAUAAACUCCAAAGAAGACGGAUCGUCCUCCUCAUCAUCCUCUUAAAACUCUGCCUACUUUUAUUGGGAAUCUGGAAUUGUACUUGCCACGGCCCCCGACAGCUACAAACCUAAAAAAAAACGACACUUUGGUUUGGGCUUCUACAGG